GAAGAUCAUGGGAAAAGAAGUUCGAUGAAACAUGGGACGAGCAUCCUAGAAUAUUUUCCGAAUAGCCACCAUUUUAGACUGUUUACCCCCUUCAGUAAUCGCCUGUGCUAUAUAGUGGGACGACAGUGCUUACUGCUGGAAUUUGGUCUCCUUCUUAACCUUCCCCGUGGACAUCACUUGGCCUCUAUUAGAUUACUUACAUAGGCAUCGUCCUUGACAUGGGAUUAUGUUAUUAAUUGGGUCGUAGCAGCACUAAAAGCAGCCAUUCCUCCAGCGGCUUGCAAAGUUCGUCGGGGGCAGCAAGCAGCCCAACCACAAGGAUUGGGGAUCUCUUGCUCCGGAGCUGGCUAUAACUAAAACAAAGGGCUAUGAUGAAUGGAGGAUUUGGAUUGUGCCCCGUGUUUGCUGGCCACGGCCGCUUGGGCCUGGCAUGCACGCGCCGGCGUUCUAGGUCUACGCAGAUAGUUCCGACGUCCUCAUGUGAUGAGAGCCUUCCUGGCCCAGGCCCCUCUUCCCUAGCAGCAGCAGCAGCUGCUAGUGCAGCCAGGCAACCCUCCUUCCGGCAUUCACGCACCUCCUUCGUGCCCCUCCUCACAUCGCCGUCUUCCUGGCAGCGCGCCCAAGCUGCGAGCAGUACAAUCGCCAAAGCAAGCAAAAGCGGCAGCAGCGGCAGUAGCAGCGCUAGCAGUAGACGAAGCAAGGCACAGGAGGCUGCCACACCUACCGGCGGGGAUGGCAGUAGCAGCCCGGUUGCCCCAGCCUCGACGACCUCCACCCUCCUCCCUUCAACGCCCUCCCCCUCAACUCAGACCCAGACAAAACCCCGCCGAAAAAAUCAGAAGCAACAACAACAACAACAACAGCAAGAGGAAGAAAAAGAAGAGGAGCAGCAGCCGCAGCGGCGGGGGCGGCGGGGGCGAGGGCCUGGGGCCGGAUGCGCCGAGGACGUGGAACCAGAGGAGGUGGCAGCGGCCUUUGCAACUGAAGGGAAGGGGAUGGCUACAAGUGCUGCUGCUUCCGCUGUCGUCGCCGAUACCGCUUCAACCACCACAACCACCACAACGGGGGCCCAGGGGACCCGCAGACCCCGCAGCAACCCUAGCAGCAAAGUACAAAGCACGGGCAGCAGCACUGACAGCAAGAGCACGCCGAACCCUGUCACUCGCUCAUCGACCAACACCUACAGCCUCGCCAACUUCGCCACUAACAAACAAGCAACCGCCGCCGGUGACGAGUCGGCAGCCGUUGACGGCGACGACGACGAACUGACAACCGUUGACGGCGACGACGACGACUCGUCCACUGGCGACGACGACUCGCCGACCUUCCCAUUCAUGGGCCCAUUCACUCGCGUGCCCGACGGACGACAGCUCAUCUCCGUCAUGCCCGACACGCCCGCGCCGGCCGCCGGUGGCGCAUUGAGUCGCGCAUUGGGUACCGAGGGACGAGCCGUCGUUCGCUUCGACGGCGGCGGCGGCGGCCUUCGCGGGCUGCGAGUGCUGACACUGGCGCAUUACUACAUGGGCAAUUUCCGACGCGCAAUGAGCUUCGUAACGGAUGUACGAGAAGUAGCGUACAACCAUUUUAACCACCCGCUGUCCGAACGACCGCGAUCCGGCGACGUUUCGUUUCAGUAUCGAUUGAUGGCUCGGGCGCGCGGUCUGGAGCCCCACGACACUCAUUUGGGGGCCGCCCUGCGUCGUGCUAGUUUCCUGCUAGAUCUCUCCAUCAAUGUACGGCAAGCCUGGGACGUCAAGGGUGACGUGGAUGAGGAGCAAUCGUACGAUCUGGCUGACACGCUGUAUGCCGUACUUGCUCGUACAAGCCUGGAAUCUGACGAAAAGGACGAUCCAAAUCCGGGUCCGUACGGCGGAGACGAAGGGUCAUCAUCAUCACCAUCAUCAUCAGCAGCAGCAGCAGCUGAUGGAAGGCGGCAGCCGCAACAGCAGCAGCGGGGAAGGUCGUGGCGGGGUCAGAGGCAGCAGCAUGAGGAGGAAGGGGAGGAGGGACGGGGGUCCGCGCCCCGGGGUCCUCCUGCGCUACCUGAUCCGGGAGCCCCGCUGGUGUAUCUGACGACGGAUUUGGCUCAGGGGUUGACCACCUUCACGGCUUUGGGGCUGCUGCAAAAGAGGCUGCGGGAGGAGGGGCAGAAGGUGGUGGUUGAAACCACGCUGUACCGAGCCGCCGUAUCCGCUCCCCGACUGGACGGUCGCGACGGCUGGGUGUUUGCGGUACGCCUGGGGUUCCUGGAAUGGUACCGACCCAACCUGGAUAACUGGAAGGUCCAGCAAUGGCGGGCACAGCAGCAGCAACGGCUGCAGGCGCAGGGGCGGGACUGGUCGUGGGAGUGAGGAGCAGUAGAGCGGGUUGCAUUGUUGGGUUGUGUGCGUGGAUGGAGAAUGCUGUGCGUGAGGAGGCAGGAGGCGCAUAGCAAGACGGCCUUACUGAUGCUGUUGCUGCUGUUGUAGUAGUAGUAGGAUUUCGAAGCAGGAAGGAGGUUGGUGACUGGGGUUUGAAAGGGGAGAUGGUUGGUGGUUGGCCGGUAGGUGGUUUGGAGGAUGUGUAGUUUGUGGGAGUGGGACGCAUACAUGCAUGCGGGGGUGGCGGGGAGAGGGCAGCUUUGGGGCUGCUCUGCUUGCGGUGUAGUAAGGUAGGCACGGCCUCCUUUACUGGGAGAGGCUACAGCAGUGGCAGCAUGUCAUGGCUUUAGAAGGCCGCUGGGAUAGGCUGGGGUUUGGAAAACUUUGGGGGAGGGAGGGAGACGAAGAAGGGAGAGGGGAGUCACAGCCUGGGAUAUGGCUUGGUAGGUAUCGUGUGGUAGGUAGGGACGUGAACCCACAUGCCCCUGGUGCUGCAGGGUGGGUAUCGGUGGGUGUCAAAUGUGCUGCAGUUGGGGUAAGGGGCAGCAGGAGGCAGGGAAGAGAACCCUUGCGGUGGCAGGUGGUAGUGUGGUAGUGUGCCAGGUGGUGGGGAUGCGACAGGAACGUCGUACAACAGCUCCACGGCAGGUGUGUUGAAGGCGCUGCCACAAGCACACGUGUACCGUACGUGGGCUGAUGGCCAUGAUAGCGUGUACUCGUACGUGACAGGCCUUUGUGUGUGUGGCCAUUUGAACGAAUACGUGUAUAGGUCAUCUCACGUGUAUUUG